AGAUGAAGAAGAAGAAAUUGUAGAUACCCAUUACCCAUAACCUUCUCUAAAACCCUCUCUCUCUCUCUCUCUCCUCAAGAGUUCAUAUAUGCUUCAUGCCCACAAAACAAACCCACUCAAGCAACAAUAAUGAUGAAAAACCCUCUGCACCCAGCACUCCCAAAAAGCAAUCCUCACCAUCAAAACUCUUCUUCCCUUAAAUUUACCUUUCAAUUCCAAAACCCUCACCCAAUUCCCAAACCAUGAGAAUUUCUUUUCCUUUCCCAUUGCUCCUCGCAUUCCCCUUCUUCUUCUCUUCAAUUCCUCUGCUUUCCUCUGCUUCUCUCUCCCUGCAAUACCUCUCCCUCCUCUCCCUCAAAGCCUCCCUCGCCGAUCCUCUCUCCGCCCUCCGCGACUGGUCGCUGCCUGCCAACUUCUCCGUCCAAGACCCCUCAUGGUGCUCUUGGUCCGGCAUCGAAUGCGACCCCCAAACAGGCCAUGUCAUUUCCCUCGACCUCUCCUGUCAGAAUCUCUCCGGCCGAAUUCCGGAUACCGUCCGGCACCUGUCCGAGCUGAAGCACCUCAAUCUCAGCAAGAAUGCCUUCGAUGGACCCUUCCCGUCGACGAUCUUCGACCUGACCUCACUGAGGACGCUCGACAUUAACCACAACAACUUCAAUUCCACUUUCCCGCCUGGGAUUUCCAAGCUGAAAUCCUUAACAUUCUUCGACGCUUACAGCAACAGCUUCACCGGACCUCUUCCCGACGAUGUCGCCGAUCUCCGGCAUCUCCAGCAUCUCAACCUCGGCGGCAGCUACUUCUCCGGCGCGGUGCCGGAAAAUUACGGUACAUUUGAAAGACUGACGUUUCUCGACUUGGCUGGGAACGUACUGGAAGGACCCGUUCCGACUCAGUUGGGUUUCUUGACGCAGCUCGAACGUUUGGAGAUCGGUUAUAAUCAGUUCACCGGCCAAGUCCCGGCGGAAUUUGGGUUGUUGUCAAAUCUCAACUACCUUGAUAUUUCGAACUGCAAACUUUCGGGUUUUCUCGCGCCGGAACUCGGCAAUUUGACGAAGCUCGAAACAUUGUUCCUGUUUAAGAACCAGUUUUCUGGCGAGAUACCCAAGAGUUAUGCAAAUUUUUUGGCUAUGAAAUCUUUCGAUUUGUCCAAUAAUCUACUUACUGGGACUAUUUUGGAGGAAGUAUCUUACAUGAAGGAGAUGACGGUGCUGAAUUUGAUGAACAAUAAACUCAGCGGCGAGAUACCCGCCGGCGUCGGCGAGCUUCCCAAUCUCAACAACCUCUGCCUCUGGAACAAUUCGCUAACCGGAAUUCUCCCUCAAAAGCUCGGAUCGAAUGGAAAGUUGAUAAAACUCGACGUCUCCUCAAAUUCGCUCACCGGUCCGAUCCCUCCGGGUCUCUGCACGGGAAAUCAGCUCCAGAAGACCAUUCUCUUCGGAAACAUGUUCACUGACGAGAUCCCGCCGACGCUCCUGAACUGUACUUCCUUGCUCAGGUUUCGAGCUCAAGAUAACAAGUUUAACGGCUCUAUUCCUCAUGGAUUCAGUCUUCUGCCGAACCUCACCUUCAUGGACAUCAGCAACAACAAUUUUUCAGGUCAAAUCCCAAUGGACCUUGCCAAUGCACCUAAAUUACAGUUCCUGAAUAUUUCAGGAAACGGUUUCGAAACCCAAUUACCGGAAAACAUAUGGAGGUCGCCGAGUCUGCAAAUUUUCUCCGCUAGUUUCUGCAAACUCACCGGCAAAAUUCCAGAUUUCAUCGGCUGCCACAACAUAUACAAGAUAGAAUUGGUGGGCAAUUCACUCAACGGAAGCAUCCCUUGGGACAUCAGCCACUGCGAGAAGCUCCUCUCUCUCAACCUUCGCCUGAAUUCCCUCACCGGGAUAAUCCCUUGGGAGAUUUCCACCCUCCCGUCGAUCACCGACGUCGAUAUCUCCCACAAUUUCCUCACCGGCAUGAUCCCCUCGAACUUCAGCAACUCCCGCACUCUCGAAAGCUUCAACGUCUCCUUCAACCUCCUCACCGGUCCAAUCCCGUCCACCGGCACGAUCUUCCCAAACCUCCACGCGCCUUCGUUCGCCGGCAAUGACGGCCUUUGCGGCGAAAUCCUUCACAAGCCCUGCCCAUCGGAGGGCAGCGCGGAGGCAGCCUCCGACCAACGGCCGCCAAGAAAGACCGCCGGCGCGAUCGUGUGGAUCAUGGCGGCGGCGUUUGGAAUUGGCGUUUUCGUGCUAGUCGCCGGCAGCCGGUGUUUCCGGGCGAAGAAUGCGAUGCGACUCUCCGGAGAGAGGGAGGCGGGGCCAUGGAAGCUGACGGCGUUUCAGCGGCUGAACUUCACGGCAGAGGACGUGAUGGAGAGCGUGGCGAUGAGCGAGAAGAUAAUAGGGACGGGGGCGACGGGGAUGGUGUACAGGGCGGAGAUGCCCGGCGGGGAGAUCAUAGCGGUGAAGAAGCUGUGGGGGAGGCAGAAGGAGGCGGCGACAAGGCGGCGGCGAGGAGUCCUGGCGGAGGUGGAGGUGCUGGGGAACGUGAGGCACCGGAACAUAGUGAGAUUGUUAGGGUGCUGCAGCAACAGGGAGGGGACGAUGCUGCUCUACGAGUACAUGCCCAACGGCAGCCUCGAGGAGUUGUUGCAUGGGAAAAACAAUGACGUGGCGGUCACCGAUUGGCUGACCAGGCAUAAGAUAGCGCUUGGGGUGGCGCAGGGCAUUUGCUAUCUUCACCACGACUGUGACCCGGUGAUCGUGCACCGCGACCUCAAGCCCAGUAAUAUUCUUUUGGACGGCGAGAUGGAGGCCAGGGUGGCAGACUUCGGAGUCGCCAAGCUCGUCCUCCCCGACGAGUCCAUGUCCGUCAUCGCCGGCUCCUACGGCUACAUUGCGCCAGAGUAUGCUUACACACUACAAGUUGAUGAAAAGAGCGACAUAUAUAGUUAUGGGGUGAUGCUGAUGGAGAUCUUAAGUGGGAAAAGAUCAGUCGAUCCAGAGUUUGGAGAUGGCAACAACAUUGUAGAUUGGGUGCGAACGAAAAUCAAGGCCAAGAAUGGUAUAAAUGAUAUUCUUGAUGAAAAUGCAGGAGCGUCUUGUGCGUCGGUGAAGGAGGAGAUGAUGUUGGUGCUUAGAGUGGCGAUAUUGUGCACUAGUCGAAACCCUGCUGAUCGACCCUCCAUGAGGGAUGUGGUAUCAAUGUUGCAAGAAGCCAAGCCGAAAAGAAAAUUACUAGAAAAUAUGAUACGAUUUGGCGUUAAUGAUAAUGUGGUGACUUGUGGCGGCGGCGGCGGCGGCGGCGACACUAAUCCCUUCAUAAACAAACCGGCAUUAGAAUGUUAAUAUAGGUAACUUUUGUGGGUUUUUUCUUUCUUUGGGAAUUUUUUUUUUCUUGCUUUCAAAUGGUGGGGAUUGGUAUAGGAGAAGUGAUUUGUCAUUUUUAUUUUUAAUGGAAUUUUUAAGUGUUUUCUCAUUCUAGUCUCUAUGAUGUUUAUAUCGGGUUAUGAUUUUGAUUAUUGACACUUAAGUUCCAUGUGAAAAUAUAUUUGAAGAGUGUUUGCGAUGUUGAUAUGAA